GUAGCAACACCGGGUCUAAUUCCCCAGUGUCAGGAAAUUGAUCAAAACGUUGACGCUUACCCAUUACUGUUAGAAAUGCAGUGUGUUGUGUACUUCUUGCGUGUGAAGGGUGAUUUUCUGUUAAAUAGAUUUCUGCCGAAGGUGUUGCAAUCUCUUUUUUUUUUGGCGUUGUGAGCUGGAGAAAUAUAGGAUUAAAAAAUAAAGGAUUUGGCCUAUAUUUAAAUAAAUUCCACGUACAGUGCUUACAGAUUGUUUGAAUAGCAGAAGUACAGACGUGAACGGAUGGCGAGCUGCCGUCUGUCGUGUUGCACAGUAGUCUCAAAUAAAGCUGCAUGGAAUUAGAGAAGUGGUUACAUGAACCAAGCCAUUUUUGUCAGUUUAAACAGCCACUUUUCCUUCUGCCAUAGAAACUGCCAAAGGAUGCCUCCUAAAAAGAGAACACGAGGCACGACAGUAAAAUCAAAACAUGAAGAGCCAGCUGCUAAAUUAGCAAAGAAGGACGAUGAUGAAAAAGACUCCUCCGGAAAGGGUGCUAAGGGAGCACCAAGGAGAAGAGGAAAGCCGGAAGCAGGGAAUUCUGGGAUGCAGGAGGACAAGGGUGCAGCAGCAGCCCCCGCUGGUAAAGAGGUCUACUGCCAUUGGCUGAUGAAGUCGGAACCAGAGAGCCGGAUCGAAAAAGGGGUGGAUGUGAAGUUUGGAAUCGAGGACCUGAAGGCUCUGCCCAAACAGACCGGUUGCUGGGAUGGAGUUCGCAACUACCAGGCUCGUAACUUCAUGAAGGACAUGAAAGUGGGGCACGAGGCUUUUUUCUACCACAGCAACUGUAAGGAGCCUGGGAUCGCAGGACUCAUGAAGAUUGUCAAGGAGGCCUAUGUGGACCACACCCAGUUUGACAAGAAGGAUGCCCACUAUGACCCAUCCAGCAAAAAGGACAACCCAAAGUGGUACAUGGUGGAUGUGCAGUUUGACAGAAUGACCAAGAGGUUCAUCCCCCUGUCUGAGCUGAAGAAAUAUCACCAACAGCACAAAUCUAACGGUGGCGUGCUAAAAGGCUUGGCCCUCUUCACCAGAGCCAGGCUUUCUGUGCAGCCUCUCUCCAAAGAAGAGUUUGACUUUGUCCUGAGCUUGGAAGACAAAGAACCGAUUUAAAGACUUAACGUGCUGGUGUUGGAAGGUCUCCAGGACAGUCUGAUUGACGAGGUCAUGGGACACAAGGACAUCAGGUGAAGACAAAUCAUUCUUUGCAUGAGAAUAAAUCUCUGCUCACAGUUUCAUCUUGGGAUACUAUAAUAUGUUGCAAGCCUGGAUUUACGCUUAUUUCUUCAGUAUUGUUAACAGAAACAAUCUGCUUUGUUUUUUUCAUCAUUAAGUAACAACAGGGAUGAAUUGUUUAAUUUCUUCCAUUGUUUCUCAUAUGAAUAACAGAAUGAGAUUCUAUAGCUUGUAACAAGGUGGUGGUGGAAAAAUAUUUAUUGGUUUGGACAGACUGUUUCUAAUUUAGUAAUGUUGGUGACAAUCUGUCCUAAAUAAUGCAUUGAGGGUAAAAGAGAAAUAGUCCACAGGAUUUCAUGCCUACGCUAUAGUGAGUUUUCCAUCCUGUCCUUGUAGUCUUUUUUUUUAAGCAGCAGCCUAUAUUAAUAUUUGUUUUUAAAAAAAAAAUGAACAGCACCUCAGUUGUGAAUAAUUCAAAACUUCUUUAGUGUUUUUCAUUCUUUUGUAAUUUAUGUACCGUUUUAAUUCACUUGUAAAGACCACAGAGAUGGUUUUGUGCCCAGCCCUUGUCAUUAAAAACCAUUUGGCCAUU